CCGGCUAAGGUCGAUUGCAUAAGACCUAUCUAAAGACUACGUGUGCACGGAAUAGCGCCAAUGAGGGCCUUUUACUGUGCUUAAUGAGCCACUAUUGUCGAGGAUCAUACCCACAUGUGCAGUAAAAAGCACAACCCACUUGAUCCAUUAUUUACACGCUCUCUUUAACACCCAUCUUUGUCCGUUAUCCAUGUUUGAGGUCUCUUCAUACUAAUGACCAUGUACAAUAUCCAAGACCAUGUCGUCAUCAUCACGGGGAGCUCCUCCGGCAUCGGCCUCGCAGCCAGCACUCUCGCGCUAGCCUCAGGAGCCAAGGUCCUAGGUAUUGAUAUCUCAAACUCGCCGGCAUCUCUCACCGCAAACCCCAAUUACACCUUUUUCGCAGCGGAUCUGUCACACCCCGAAUCUGCCAAAAAGGCCAUAGCCGCCUGCAUUGCAGCUUAUGGAAAUAGGAUCGAUGGCCUGCUAAACAUCGCUGGGGUGAUGGACCUCAAUCAAAGCGCUGACACAGUGACUGAUGAUAUGUGGGACCGCUGUAUCGCUAUCAAUCUGACUGCACCGGUGAAGUUGAUGCGUGAAGUCAUCCCAAUUAUGCGGCUAAGGGGGAAGGGGAGUAUCGUGAAUGUGGGAAGUAAGGCAUCGAUGAGUGGCGCCGUAUCUGGAGUUGCGUAUACUGCAAGCAAACACGGGUUGGUCGGAGCUACCAAGAACGUUGCAUGGAGGUUUAAGCAUGAGGGGAUCCGUUGCAAUAUUGUCUGCCCUGGAGGCGUGGCAGCGACAGGAAUUCGUGACGGUGUGGACUCGACUCAAUUUGACAGCGAGGCCAUGGAAAUGAUGACUGUAAUUCAUCAGGCCCAUGCUAGUGAUCAUGCCAAGGGACUCGGUCUCCAACCCGAGGAUCUUGCGCACAGCUUACUCUACUUCUUGUCCGAUCUCAGCAAAGGGAUUAGCGGGGCUGUAAUUCCAGUUGACAAUGCUUGGUCGACUAUCUAGAGCCUCGGUACAAUGAUUGAUCCACUAGCUUUAUUAAAAAAUUUCAAGAUCAUUUCUCCAACA